CCCCAGCACCAGCCAGCCUCAGCCACCAUGUGCCACACCAGCUGCUCCUCAGGCUGCCAGCCGGCCUGCUGCCUGCCCAGCCCCUGCCAGGCGACCUGCUGCGUGCCCGUGAGCUGCAGGCCCACUGUGUGUGUGCCCGUGAGGUGCCAGGCGACCUGCUGCGUGCCCGUGAGCUGCAGGCCCACUGUGUGUGUGCCCGUGAGGUGCCAGGUGGCCUGCUGUGCGCCCGUGAGCUGCAGGCCCAUCGUGUGUGUGGCCCCCUCCUGCCAGUCCUCCGGGUGCCUUCCCGUGAGCUGCCGUCCUUCCGUGUGUGUGGCCCCCUGCUGCCAGUCCUCCGGGUGCUGCCAGCCCCCCUGCCCCACCCUCCUCUGCAGACCCGUCUCCUGUAGCACCCCCGCCUGCUGCUGACCACACGCCACAGACCAGCGGCUCCCAGGGCAGGCGGCCACCCCUGCACCCUGCCAGCACUGGGGACGGUGGAAAGCACGGCCAGUGGCCCCUCUGCACUGGGGGAGAGGGCGGGAGGACGGUGCUGAUGCCCCUGCCCUGCCUGUCCCCCGGGCAGUCCUGCUCCCAGGGGCCUUCUCUAAGCCCACGUGAGCUAAUAAACCAGCCUCCCUGCUGCCCCCUGUCUCCGUGUAUUUCCAAAGGUGCAGAACAAGGGAAGGGCAGUGGCCACUCCCCAAAGAGCCUUCGUCCCAUUGGCUGAGCUGACGAGGAGGGUCCCUGGUGGGGGAGAGACCUGAAUCUGUGUCCCACCCCCUUCCUGGGGCUCACUGAGGGUGGGGGACGGUGGAAAACACCCUGUCCCCUGAGGGGUGGGUGGGAAACAGGCCUAAAGGACCCUCCAACAGAGGGCAAGCCACCUCCUCUGCCCAGGAAACCAAAGCAGGGCAGGGCGGCUCUCUGGAGGAGGGGCAGGAAGUCUGAGAAGGCUUCUCACUGGGGAUCGGGCUACUGUCCCGUGCGGGGCAACCCUGCCGUCCCCAGUUGUGUUUUGUAAAAUCAUUCAUUCAAAGUUGCCCUGGGCCAGCCCAGACCCAAGGCAGUGGGCAUCGGGCAACCCCGCAGUUAGGCAAGUGGGGUGGCACCUCCUCAGAGAGACAGAUCGUCCUGGCCAGAUGCUGGCACAAAAUCUGUAAAAACAAGCUCCAGAUAAAACCUGCAGCAAAGCCAGGACCACCCCAAAAGUUGCCUUUCGGUCCUUCCCAGGAUCUCACUGGGACUGUGACCUGUCACCCCCUCAGUCCGGGUCGGAUACCUACGAAUGAACAUGACAUACUAGGGAGUUUGCAACGCGCUGCGAUACAAGCGCCAACAAGAACUUUGAUGUGGUGCUCACGCGAGACCCUUUGGGAAAUUCCCCUAAAAUUCCCAAUAAAAGCUGGGACACAGGACGGGGGCUGUCGCUCUCCUUCUGAGACCAGCCACACCCUCCCUGAGGGUGCUGGCUUCCUCUCUCCUCUAAUGAAC